ACACUCGCAGGUGCUCCUUUGUAACUGCCGAAGAGGCAGGGUCCUCUCGAGACCACCGAAAAAAGAGCUGGGAAAAUAGAAAACGUGUGGGGAUAAGACAGAGGAGAGAGAGCAAGGCAAGAGGGGCAGUGUGGAGAGAGCGGUAAGGGACAAGGCGCGCGGUGUGUGCGUUGUAAGAGGGACUUACAGAUGGCACGCAGCGGGGGUGGGGAUGUCCUGUACCUAAGCUGCAGGCGAAGGGAUGUGCGGAGCACCGGGACAAGUUUUUGCACUGCCAUAGGGCGCCCCCUUGAGGUUGCUUCACCCGCUGACCAUGUUCCAGCGCUUCACCAGCCUUUUCUUCAGCACCCCUUCGCCUCCUGAAGACCCCAGCUGCCCCGGGGCCUUUGUCUCAGAGGAGGAUGAAGUAGACGGCUGGCUGCUCAUCGACCUGCAGGACAGCCUCACAGCUGCCCCCAGCCCUGGGGCUUCUCCUGCUCCGGCGGGCCGCCCUCCUCCCGCACCCUCCUUGAUGGACGAGAGCUGGUUUGUUACCCCUCCUGCCUGUUUUACUGCAGAGGGGCCUGGCCUUGGGCCUGCCCGCCUCCAGAGCAACCCCCUGGAGGACCUCCUCAUUGAGCAUCCCAGCAUGUCCGUCUAUGUCACCGGCAGCACCAUAGUGCUGGAGUCGGCGCCGCCUUCCCCUCACCCUGACGCUGUCCUGCCUGAUCAGGACCUCAGCGAUGGAGAGCUGGCGCCUGCCCGCCGGGAGCCCAGGGCCCUGCACCGAGCAGCUGCUCCCAUGCCCGCGCGCGCUGUGCUGCUGGAGAAGGCCGGCCAGGUGCGGAGGCUGCAGAGGGCCCGGCAGCGGGCGGAGCGCCGCACGUUGAGUGCCAAAGUGCUACAGCGGCAGAACCGCGCCCGGGAGAGCCGUUCGCGCCUGCCCAAGCACCAGGGCAGCUUCAUUUACCAGCCGUGCCAGCGCCAGUUCAACUACUGAACGUCCCGGCUGCACUGCGAAGCCCUUGCCUCUCCUGGUCCCAUCAGCCUCCUCUGCAGCAGCCAGUGUGCUGCUCGAGGGGUGUCCAGGGUCCGCCAGCCUUCGUCUGGAUACAACCUCCCUCCUCCCUAAGUUUGAGGUGGGACGGUGGCCCUCUAUUCCCCAGAUUUUCCUGUUUCUGAAAUCUUCUAAUUCACCUGCUAACCUCUCUCCUCCCAGGUCACCCGCUCCCCCAGCGUCUGGUUCUUCACCGUCACACUUCCCACCCCUAAUCUCCCACGCUUCCUUUUCAGACCCCUAUUCUUAUCUCUCACAUCUUCACUUUUGCCCUCCUCCCCCACCCUGACCCAGCACAUUCUCCACUCUUUCUGUUUGUUAUUGCUCCCACUCCUGUUCCCUUUAUCAUUCCUGUCAAUUCUCUUCCAAUCCUGACCAGGUACAACCUGCCAGGCCUGGGCCAUUGUCCUUACCCUGUAGUCAGGGGUCAGGGUUUUGAUUUCGGUCUCCCCCCUUUCCCUGCCCCCUGGGGGUGGGGCUGGGCUCCUUGGAGUUGCUUAGGCCUGGAAAGUUUAAGUAUGUGGAGGAAGACAGUGAGUUGCAAGUUAGAUAAGGUGAAGGGGAUGGAGGGAAAACAGGCAGCCUAGUGGGAGAUGCAGACGGGACAGAUGGACUGAGGAACAGUAGGAAGCAGGGCAUCAUGAUAGCUGGCAUUGUGCUUGGUUAGAGUUGCUAAGCCCUGGUCUUAGGCCUGAGCCUGGAGCCUGCCCCCAUUUCCUUUUCCUAUAAUCCUACCUUCCAGAUUAUUUUUUUUCCCUGAAAUCUGUCCCUCUUCAGGAGUAAACCCCCCCCCCCCCCCCCGUGAGUUUGGAGUCUGAAGGGCUUGUACCUUGUCACCUUACCUUGACAUGCCACCCCAGGGGUAGAAGUUGGGUAAGGCCCCGACAUCCUGGCCAUCUCUGUUCAUAUGCCCAAGGUGCUAGAAUUAGCUUAGGAGAGAGAAACAGGCCAGAGGGUUUUCAGGCAGGGAAAAGGGCAAGAAUGCAGAGGGAUGAUGCUAAGGAGGACACAUUUAGGGAAAAGCCAUCCCCAGACUGAUAGCUCUGCCUUCAUCUUGCUCUGGCCUUAUAUUUCAUACUUCGCUCAAUAUGGCUGGUUAAUAAACACUCCUAGGUAGAGGAGGCCAGGAGCCUCACUGUUCCAGUUCCCAAAUUUUUCUUACAGAGUUUAGGACCUUCAAGAGGCUUCCUAAUGUCCUCCCACAGGGCUCUUUCUUUUGAGUGCCCUAUGGCCCCUCUUCCCUUUCUUAGUUAAAUCUGGAGUAAGGAAUUCUUGGGUAGGGCACAGGGAUGGGGUAGCCAGCUUCUCCCUUCUUGUGGUGGGGCUCAGACACCAGCAACAGCCUCUUGGGAUGCCCCAAGUCGUUUCCUAUUCUAGCUACCUUUUUUUUUUUUUUUAAGUGUGUGCUCUUCCUUUCUCAAAACUGUUAGAUUUCCUGUUACAUAUUAAUGCAGGUCUUCCUUUCACCUCAACCCCAGGUCUCCAGGCCUCGAAGAGCCGGGCCGGGGUUGGAGAAAACUGCAUUCCUAUGAGGUUCUGUAAAAGUACCUGCCCUCUCUGAUCCUUUCUCACCAGGCUUCGUGUGGGAGGGGAGAGGGUAUCCCCAGGAUGGGGACAGAGGAGGCCCUGCUAGGGUCUCUUAACCCAAUGAUAAGCCAAACGGGAACUAUAAGCUGAUCAAACCCCAUACUAGCUUCUUAGGGCCCUAGUAGUUGAUAGUAGCUGUUCUGUCCCAAGUUCUUCAGUUAUAACCUAGUACACGUACUCUUCCAGCUGUCCUAAGGUCACUUCGCAGCCAGCUUAGGAUCUUCAGCGCUUGUAAGAGCUGAAAUUCCCUCUUAGCCCUUCUUGUCUGUUCCUCACUGCCAGAUGGGGCCUAGGCUCAGUCCUGGGCAAGUGCCCAUGACCCUGCUACUGUGGGAAGUUGGACAGGGCAUCUGGCUCAAAUGUGAAAAGGCCUCACCCCUGACCUGUACCCUAGAAGCUCCUGCAGUUCUAGAUCCCACCCACCCCUUACCGACUGGUUGCAAGGCUGAUUUUUCUUUUGUACUUUCCUAUAGAUGCUGUAGCAUUUGAGUGUGGCAAUAUUUUCAUUGUGUAUAGAUUUCUAAGAACCAACACUACUCAGUCUCCUGCUAGUCUGACUCCUGAAGCAUCAGACCUUGUCAUACUGUAUUGACUGUGUAUGUGCCUUUCACCUUGAGCAUGCUUCAGGAUUUUUUUUUUUUUCUUAAACCACAGAACUUGAAUACACAAGGGAACCAGAAUUCACAAAGUCCUAUGCAACCCUAGACAGGAGGAGGUUAGAAGAGUCUGUCUGGACUGAUGACUUCAGAGACCCUAGAAAAGUUUGUACCAGUUCGUAUUAAUGUCAACACUACCAGCACUUUGCCAAAACUAAGGAUGUCAGAGGGACCUGUUUUUAGAGUGAGUCCCAAUUAUAUCAAAGGGCAACUUCCAGCUUUCUCCAAUAAGUCUGAGUGGUUCUCUUGAGCUGGUGUCACUUUCUAACCUUUGCCAGUCUAGCCCCAGCAGGGCACUGUGUAUGUGUGAGUGCAGUUUGGUGCUGUUUUGGAGUAUGCCUGCUCCCCAGCCUGGAACCCUCUGAUCAGCCUGCUGUGACCUAUGUCUUAGGUGCAACAAGGACCCUACUAGAGCUCCUGGGUGGCCUUCAGAACCCAGGCAGCUCUGUGAGGGGACUGAAUGCAGACACCACAGCCUGCGAAUACCUUCUUACCCUACCACCUAGUUCCAAAUGGAACCAACAAGUUGAGUGCAUUUCUGUUGGGCGUUUUAUGUUAAGACUGGCUGAAGUGAAAAACCUUUGACCAUGUUGUGAUGUGUCGACAGACUCAAGGACACAGCCACCUCGACCUGGUCAUGUGGCAUGCCUGUGUAUGUGUGUAACAGGAUUUUGAAUGUUAGAUUGUAAUGCUAUUCGUGUAUGGGAGAAAAAUAAUAUAAACAAAUAAAAAUCUAUUUAAAGCACA